UCCCCCAGGCCAGCCUGUCGCCCCUCCGACCUGGUCGCGCGGUGCUCGUCGCGCGUCGCGGGAGCGGGCGGUGACCUGACGGCUGGCCACAGAGGGAGCAUGGCGCUCUUAGCCGUGCGCUUGGUGCUGUUGCUCCUGGCCGGGGACUUGGCAGUCUCCUUGGACUCUUUGAGCUCUGAGUUUGACCAACAUUCAGAAUACAGAACACCAAGCUGCAAUCAGUAUAAAUUACCAGGAUGUCCCAGAGACUUUAGCCCCGUGUGUGGAAGCGACAUGUCCACUUAUCCCAAUGAGUGUACUCUGUGUUUGAAAAUCAGGGAAGAUGGGCAUGAUAUUAAAAUAAUCCGGAGUGGACCAUGUUGAUGGAGCAGUUUAUAGAAGAGAACUUAGAGAAACCACCUUCAACAGUAUGCUGGAUGAAUUCCAUUUCCCCUUUUCUCUUUCCUAUGUUCCUUUGCAUGGGAUUUGUUAGCCCACACUUUCUGAGAGGAGGUGUGGAAGAGAGCUAUGUGCAGUGACUGAUAAUUAAAACAAACACAAAAAAAUCCUUGUUUCUUGGCUUUUGCCCCUUGAGUUAAGCUUAUUACCCAGGUGCCUUGUGCGUUGCUUUAUUUAGCUGGAAUAAAAUCAGCAUUGUCUUCAAGUAGUGCUGUUCUCUGUUGAAUACCCAUUCUUACUCAGCAGGCUCCUGGUGGCUCUUCUCUCAAAGGUGAAUUUCAUAAUGGC